UUUUGCGUUUUCAAUUUGUCUUUUUUAUGCUUAGCUUAGUUUUUCGGUUUUUGUGAAUAUUAAUCAAUUAUUUAAUCAUUUAUGUAUUUAUGAAGAACUAUAAAUAGUGCAAGAGAUUCCAUUAAUAAAAAAAUAUGAUGAUUUUGAAGCGUGGUUCUUAUUUAUAGCGCGGUGGCGGGUUGCGAGCAGGGGGCGGGCUCGGGCGGGCGGCCCGGCGACACCAUUCGGCGCGUCAAGGUGAAGAUGUCGUCAGUGUCGGCGCAGGGCGUGGUGGAGCGCGCGUCGGCCGAGCUGUCGCGCCGCAUCACGGGGCUGGGGCUGCGCGGCCGCAAGCGCUCGCCCGGCGUGGUGGAGCGCGUGGCGCACGCGCUGUGCGGGCCCGCCGCCGCCGCCGCGCCGCGCCUGCCGCGUCGCCGCCGCCCCGCGCCGCGCCCGCUGCAGUGGAGCCAGUUCAUACUCGAAGACCGAUUCCUUGAAAAGUUUUUUCUUUAUUUCAAUGCGAACGAAAGAAAAUCGCUAGCCCAAGUGUGCACAAAAUGGCGUGACAUUCUCUACUCCACGCCUCGCUGGUGGUCCGGGUUGGUUGCCGUGUUGGAUUGCCGCGAGCUGCGCUCUGAGUCUGGCUGUUGCAUGCAGAGGUUUUACAAUUCUGUGGUACGAAGAGGAAUUCGCGGCAUCAUUUUAAUAUCUGCCACAGAUGAUGAUAUUAAUGAGUUUAUAAAACAGUUUCCUGUAUCUGCACAUCAUGUACAUGCUAUUGGUUUAAAAGGGUGCACAAUAACAGAUAGAGGAUUGGAGGCAAUAUUGGAUCACUUACAGGUUCUAUUUGAACUAGAACUAACUGGCUGCAAUGAAAUAACGGAGGCUGGUUUGUGGGCAUGUCUAACUCCUCGGAUUGUCUCACUUACGCUUACUGACUGCAUUAAUAUUGCUGAUGAGGCUGUGGGAGCGGUAGCGCAACUAUUGCCGUCAUUAUACGAGUUUUCGUUGCAAGCAUACCAUGUGACGGAUGCGGCUCUUGGCUACUUCUCGCCAAAACAAAGUGCAUCACUCAGUAUAUUGAGGCUACAUAGUUGCUGGGAAUUAACUAACCAUGGUGUUGUCAAUAUCGUGCACUCGCUGCCGAACCUGACUGUGCUGUCGCUGAGCGGCUGCAGCAAGGUGACGGACGAGGGCGUAGAACUGCUGGCCGAGAACCUGCCGCGCCUGCGGAGCCUCGACCUGAGCUGGUGCCCGCGCGUCACUGACAACGCGCUCGAGUACAUCGCCUGCGACCUCAACCAACUCGAAGAGCUCACGCUGGACCGAUGCGUACACAUAACGGACAUAGGCGUGGGCUACAUCAGCACGAUGCAGUCUCUGGUGGCGUUGUUCCUGCGCUGGUGCUCGCAGGUGCGCGACUUUGGCGUGCAGCAUUUGUGUGGCAUGAGAUCUCUGCAGCUACUAUCUUUAGCAGGCUGUCCCCUGCUGACAUCAGGCGGGCUAUCGAGUCUGAUCCAACUCCGGCAACUACGGGAGCUGGAGCUCACGAACUGCCCCGGCGCGUCGCCGGAGCUCUUCGACUAUCUGCACGAGCACCUACCGCGAUGCCUCAUCAUAGAGUAAGGUACUGCACACGACUGAUACGAUUCCACAACUACUUAUGGCAAACGUGACGCGCAGGUUUUUGAGCCUUGAAUGUAAAAACCUACCAGCAUAUUAAGUAAGGUGAUAUCAGAUGGUUCAUUUGAGUGAUUGUUUCAUUUUUUUUUCAUUCCACAUUCAUGGACAAAAUGUUUAUUCGCUCUUUUUUCGAAUAUGCCGUCGAAUGGAUUGUGUGUAUGUGUAUGUGUGAAGAAUCUGUUUGUUUUAUUAUCACAAAAGAGCAAAGUUACUCAGAAAAAAGAAGUCUGUUUUGUUCAUUCCAUUUUUCCGCACAUAUACAGAAUAAUAUAUUUUAUUACAGUGUUGUCCUUCUACUAGACGUAUGUAGGACGUAAGAUAAUGAGACCGAACUCAAGUGAACAUUCUCUCUGUGUUCAGACGUUCUCUAAAUUGAGACUAUUAUUUUUCGUUCGUUCGCGUCGCGAGUGAUAGAUGCGAAUACCGAAUUGUGAAUUUGUAACAUCGUUGAAUCGGUCAACUUAUAAAUGUAUUCGUCUUCUUUUAAUCAGAUGUCUCAUUUUGAACGAAGAGUGUUGAAUGAAAGACAGAAAUGAACACAAAAUAAACCGUCUGAUAUCACGCAGUACGUCGUGCUGCUACCGGUGGCGAUCGGAGUCUUCCGUUUAUUUAUGGACUUGCACAGUAGCACACUACUCAGUCGCGUAUAAUUUCAGACUACCACUGGCAGACGAUUUGUCAAUCAACGUUUCUGCCAUGAUUCGUGUAUAUAAAUGUAAAAGAAUUAUCAUAGGGUCUCCAAACUUAUUUCUACAUUUUUGUUUUAUUUUAUUUAAAGCAUCUAUUUUAUUGCAAUGAUGAUAUUGUGGGUGAUUCUGUUGUAUACAAUCUCUAAACUUAAGUUAAAUGAAAGAUCUAAAUCUAUUACUAUUCUAAAAAUUAUACUACCCACAAAAAAGGAUUUUACUGUCAUUUAAUUUCGUACAUUAUUUAUUGUGUACAACUGAAUUAAUCAUAUUGUUUAUUACAAAAUAUGUAAUUUAACAGUUAAAAUCACUUUGCCACAAUAUGAGCUGCGUUUGUGGUCGCGAGCGAUGUCUUCACUCUUCAGUGAAGGCACAGUGGAAAGCCCUUGAAAGCAACCACUGAAGCUACGCGUGCAUCUAAAACCGGUCAUGGAUCGGAAUCGGCAUAGGGAUUUUUUUUAAGAGAUAUUAAUUGGAGACUCCUAUUUAAUAUUGCAAACCAAGACGUACAAUU